AUGUCGAUAAUUAUAAUCGGCCUUGCACUGGUUGUUCUCUAUCCAAUCGCCAAAGGACACGACACCACAAAAGAUUCCACCUAUGGUGAAUUGCCAAAUCACAAGGACGGUUAUGAAAACUUGCCUGAUUUUCAGGGUAAUAAUCAUGGUUAUAAGGAAUUGCCUGAUUACAAGGAUUGUAACCGCCGCCAAGAAGAUCUGCGUCAUCAUGCGGGUUAUAACCAUGAUCAGGAAGAUUUAUGUGAUAACAAGGAUUAUAACUGCGGGUAUGACGAACUGCCUGAUCGCAAGGGUUAUAAUCGCCGCCAAGAAGAAUUGUCUAACCACAAUGGUUAUGAUAGCAGGCAGAAAGAAUUGCCUGACCACAAGGUUUAUAACCCCCGCCAGGAAGAGUUGUCUGAUCAGAAGGGUUAUGAAAGCAGUAAGAAAGAAUUGCCUGACCACAAGGGUUAUAACCCCCACCAAGAAGAGUUGUCUAAUCACAUGAGUUAUGAAAGCAUGCAGAAAGAAUUGCCUGACCACAAGGGUUAUAACCCCCGUCAAGAAAAGUUGUCUGAUCAGAAGGGUUAUGACCGUGACAAUAAGGAAGUAACAUAG